AGCGAGGCACCAGAUAAAGGAAGAGGAGUGAGAGCAAGCAAGCAAGCAUGUCAUUGGCUUCCUGGUUUGGGUGGAAUGAACCCCCCAGUCGCAUCGCUCAGAGGAGCCCAACAGAAAUGGUGGUGGAGACCCUUAUGAUGGAGCUCAGCUGGCAGAUCAAGGAAGCUGAAAAACAGCAGCGGGAGCGAGAAAAUGAGUAUCGCAAGAUCAAGACGGGGGUUGAUUAUGGCUGGCUGGUUAGCUAUCCAAAGCACAACUAUGAUAUCAGCCCAGGGGAGCGCCUGCAACUGGAGGACAUGUGCUCCAAAAUACACCCUUCCUACUGUGGACCAGUCAUUAUUAGAUUUCGACAGCUUGUUACUGAAUACGAACCAGAAGCCCCAGAAGUAUCUCGGCUGUUCCGUUCUGUUCUGCAGGAUGCCAUUGAGAAGAGCAAAGAAGAAGAAGAGGCCAAGAAGCUUGCAAAGCAGUGGAACACGAAGCAGAAAUCCAGCCUCUCGCUCACAACCUUCAAAUCACGAGCCAGGAUUUCGCCAUUCAGCAGUGAUAUCAAGACUAUUUCAGAAGAUGUUGAGAGAGGCACUGAUCCAACCAGAAGAGUGUGGAGUAUGCCUGAAUUCAGGAGUACCAAGGACUACUGACUUUGUUUAUAACCAUCAGAUUUUAGAAAUAGAUUGAUCAUUCAUUCAUUCAUUCAUUCAUUCAUUCAUUCAUUUAUUUAUUUAUUUAUUUAUCUAUCUAUUUAUUUAUUUGUCAAUCAAUUGUGGGGGUGAUUUUGUCCCUUUUCCAGUUUUAUCUUUUUUGCUCUGUUGUGUGGUGAGCUCACCUAGACAUCUCUAUGUUGCUCUAUGUAUAUUUCUCCUUUUCACUGUGUGUGCAACA